AUGGGUUACGAUUUAGACAGAUUUCACGAGAAAAUUUCAAGUAGCAUGAUUUGCAGCUUAUGCCGCGGAGUCAUGGAGAAGCCAACAACUGAGCCAACCUGUAAGCAAAAAUUUUGCCAGGCAUGUUUGGUGGCGUUUUGGUCCGUGUCUGGAAGGUGUCCUUGUGGCAAACGUAUUUCAAUACGCAAAACUUAUGAUGCAGGACCAGACUUGUGCAUUCGCAUUUCAAACUUACAUAUUAACUGUGAUUAUGCAGACAGCGGAUGCAAUGUCAUCAUAAAAGUGCGAGAUCUCAAGUCUCAUGUGGCCCAGUGUCCUUAUAAGCCUGAAUUUGAAUGUGAAGCAGGUUGUGUUCUUGAAGAAAGUGAUACUGAAGAGCAACGCCAUAACUGUAUAGAGGUGCAGAAUGAGGCCUUAAAAGAGGUUCAAAAUUCUAUCAGUGAGCUGGCAGAGAUGGAAAGCACUAUUGAGGACAACUUAAACAAGAGCGAUGCGUUAAUUGAGUUGAUGAAUAUUAAUAACCCGUCUAUCAAUGACAUACUCAAUUCAAUGUGUAGUCCAUUUGUGGAAUAA